AUGACUGGUCUAAAUCUUUGGAAAAUGACGAAUUACUCUGUGUCCUCUUCUUCAUUCUCCUAUGCAAACACUGUCGAAGGUGGAAAUUUGCAACAGGUUUCAGGCUUGAAAGUGACCUACAACACCGAACUGGAUGCCUCUACCGGAAAGCUUGUAAAGUUGGAAGUUUGGAAUGCUACCCAGAAUGCCUAUGUUCCAGUCGAGCGAUUGCAAGUUUAUAAGUUUGCCACGAAUAGCUACAACUGUUGCUGCAAUGCUCCUUUCAACGCAAUGGCAACUUCAAAUUUGAAUAUUCCUGGGGAAGUCCCAGGUAGAACCCUUCCUUAUUUGGAACAAGAAGCUGUCGCUGAUUUCCUGUCUCAACUGAAUGGAACGUAUUCCGGAGAAUUGCAGGGGCGAUUGACAAACGACACUACUGCCUUGGCGAACUUGGAUCUCUCACAGAGUCAAGAAGAUUGUUUGGAGGGUUUACAAUAUUGGUCAUCCGCAUAUCAAACCUGUUUCAAUUGUCCCAAUAUUGACAACAUUGUAUCCGUCUGGGAACGCAACGAACCAUUGACCGGGGCGAGUGGGCAGAUGGAUGAUCUUAUUUUGCGUGCUUCCAUUAUUAACGAGGAAGAUUUUGGAGUAGCUCUGUCUGUUGAAUCCAUGCCAUCGUUUCUCUCGUGCUCAGGACAGAACGAUGAAGUGUCGAGAUUCUGCCAGGGUAUUGACGCUUUCCGACUUCAAGCUGGCGGGCAGCUGAAUCUAGACUUUGCCGCGAGUUUUGAAGAUCUGCAAGCAGGUAUUGUACAAGCGGUAGUUGUUAUUGGAGUGGCCGAUAGUGGCAACUUUCCAGGAUGCCGUGGAAAUGGUGUGAACCUGGAUAUCGAACUACAAGUGCUACCUACCGAAGAGCUCAACCAAUUGGGAAAUAUUCGGAUUGUUGGAUUUUGUUUGGCAGCUUUGAUCUCGUUUAGUGCCAUGGGAUUCGCUUGUUGGUGCCUGAUCCAUCGUCAGAACCAAUCGGUAAAGCUGAUGCAACCCUUGUUCUUGGUGACACUAUGUGUUGGCAUUUUGGCGGGUGGACUUUCCUUGAUACCCAUGAGUAUCGACGAUGAGAUUGCCUCAGAAGAAAGCGCAGAUAUAGCCUGUAUGGCGUUUGUAUGGUUGAUAAGCCUUGGUUUCUCUAUUGCAUUCGCAGCUCUGUAUGCGAAGCUAAAGCGUGUGAAUACGAUUGUUUCCAAUGCUGCAAACUUCCGUCGGAUACAAGUCAAGGAGCGAGAUGUACUUGCUCCAAUGGCUCUCUUGUUUUUGGCCAACUUCAUUGUGCUUUUGACUUCGAGCUUUGUGGACCCCUUGCGAUAUGAACGAGACUCUAUUGCGGGGCAACCAUGGAACACGUACGGUUCUUGCCGCAACAGUGGCACGGAUGGCGAAGUCUUAAUGUGGCUGCUAUUCGCAAUCAAUGCAAUUGCACUUGCAACUGCUUGUUGGGAGGCCUACAAGGCACGCAAUGUUUCGAAGGAACUGAGUGAAGCUUCGAGGAUUGGAAUGGCAAUUUUCAGCUGGAUGCAGAUUGGAUUGAUCGGUUUUCCUGUGAUUCUGUUGCUGGAUAAAACGAAUACGAUCAUCGUCUACUUCAUCAAGAUCUGCCUGGUGUUCUUUUCUUCCAUGUCUCUGUUACUCUGGGUGUUCGUUCCAUUAGUAUGGAAAGGCGAAGAGGCGGAGUCGCUCAAUACACGUUCAACGAGGCAUGGUAUGUCGUCUCGGAUUAACCACAGCGGAGCUAUUUCAAGGAUCAGUGCAGAAGCCUAUUAA